UCGUUUACAUUUGUUUUUUGUUUUUCGCCCGCAACUUUCAUCAUGAUAGAAAUAUGCAUUUACUCUUUUCAUCUUUUAGUUCUGACUGUUGUGGGGAAGGAGACUCUCAUCAUAAACGGCCAAGUUGGGGCAAAUGUGACAUUUAAUUGCUCAGGCUGGGACGUUUGGACUGGUUCAAGAUCUAAUGUUAAGUAUCUUUGUCAAAGUCCAUGCAAAAAAGACCAACACAUCAUCAUCAAAGUAGAAUCAGGAAAGACUUCACAUAAGGACAGAAUACACUUAGAUAACAAAGGAAAGAAUUUGUUUGUGACCAUUACUGAUCUCCAGAUGUCUGACUCCAAAAAAUUUCUUUGUGGAUUGGAAAGAUAUGGCCUUGAUUCAUUUAUAGAGGUGGAUCUUAAAGUUAAGCAUGGCCCUGAGAAAACUGCUAAAACAGUCACUGUUGGGUCUACUGUGUCAUUUGAUGCAAUGAGCAGCUCCAUUACAUCGUUCAGCAGCUCAGAUGUUAUUACUAAUAUGUCUCCAUCGUACACCACCCUUCAUAUAACCAUACCUACUGCCUCAAUAACACCAGGAGCUGGAAGUGUACCAUAUUUGGUUAUCAGUUCCAUUGUCAUAAUAACCAUUAUGCUGGUCCUGCUGACGCUUAUGAGGAAGAUGAUGAAGAAACAACAGAUGUCAAGUGCUAAUUCACCACAAGAAGACACACAAGAGGCUGUUGAAUAUGAUGAAAUCAGGACUGAAGACCACCAGGCUGAGAGGCCACCUGUAGCUGUCUCUGCCAUCCACUCCUCUACUGACGCUGAUACAGAGACUCUGUAUGUGAAUUAUUUCUACCACCAAGGCACUGAAUUAGCAGCUGCAUGUGGCAAGUAUUCAUCUUCCAGGUCUAGGGUCAGUCCAAGAGGGGCACGUGCUGAGAGCAGAGUCACAGGUCCCCAAAAUGAUUUGGUGUACUCUGCUGCUCAACUAUCCAAACAGCAAAUUGGUCUCACUGGGAAAUCUGAACCAAAUCAAUCUGAAAGCAAUGAAGACUCUUUCUACUCCCUAGCUCAGCCACAGGUAACCUGAAGGUGGCUAUACUGUGAUAAAAAUGGAUAAAAAGGAGCAUUUUCUAUGAUUUCUUUAAAAAUGUAAAUGCAGUGAUAUAAUAUAAUAUAAAAUGAAAGCUCUAUGUGUGCAGGAUUUAGAGGUAUUAAUAGUCACCUUGCUUUCUUUUCAGUUCAGCACAAAGAUAGCACUGCAAACGCUCACAACAGAGAGAAGGGUUGCUGUGUAUCUAUUUUUGCUUUCACCAAUGUAUCAAGUACAUAUAUAUGUAGCUACACCACUUCCUCUAUUUCUGAACACUCAGAGAAAGACUUGCUUCCCCCUAAGCAUAUCUCUAAAUAAAAAUCAAGAAACAUAUACUUCUGGUUAUCUUUUAAAAAAACGGUUAUCCUCAAAUGUCUUACAUUUAUUAAUUUUAUGAAAUUUAUUUGUGUAUUUUCUAAGCUUUUACUGCAUGAGUUAGCCCUUUUGUAAACUCUUUUUAUUACAUUCUGAUACAGUACAUUUAUUUUAGCAAGCUCACUUUGAGAAUUGAAACUUUGUAUUGCGUGACCUUUGCCCAGAGGUCAGGUGUUCUGUUCAUUUGUUAAUUAACUUGAGGGUUAUUGAAUAAAUGUCCUUGGAAUACUUCUGAAACUAAAAGUAGUUUUUUGUAUGUUCUAUAAUAUUGAAAGUUAUUAAAUUUGUUAUUAUAAAGUUAUUAAAUAACUAGUUCAGAUAACUGUUAAGUUUGUUUUUGUAUGUUUGAUGAAAAUUUUGAUUUGAUUUGUGAGUUUGAUAGAUCAGACAGUUGAUUGUUGACCAAGUUUCAUUGUAACUUUGCUGCUUGUCUGUUUUCAUUGUGACUUUCUUUGUCUGCCAUCUAUGCUGAACAAACAGUUGUAGUGAGUAUAGUAGUGGAAUUUACUCAUUAUUCUGCUAUAAUACACAAGUAUUCAAGAGCAGUCAGAAAGCAUGCCAAAUCCGUUUUAGAGUAUUUUCCGUGGCUAAGAGUAAAGACCGAAAGGUGGGGGUUACAGUAGACAAACCUAGAGGUCACAAGAGCCAAGAGCCAAUGGGAGACUCACAAACUAAUAUGCAAGAUCAGGGACUCACAGGACACAGAGCAAGUUGACAGGAUCACACCAAGGUUUUUAGAAUUUCUUUUGAAAACUUCUUUUGUCAUAAAAAGACCAACAUGUGCAUAUUGUUCAUGUGAUAACAACUGAACCAUCUCCAUGACCAAUGUAUCUGGUGAUGAAUGCAAUGAGAUGUGUCUGAAAGCUCACAAUGUCUGGUUGUGAGUGAAGGGAAAUCAGAUGUGACUUUUGGUAGGAGAACACAGGCCACAACCUGAAGUCUAUCAAUCACACUCUCUAUACCAGGCUAUCUAUCUCAGUCUCCUCAGUCAGGCUUUGGUGUCAUAAUUGGUCAAAUUCAUGAUGAACAUAUGUUAUUUAAGCUUUUGAACAAAUUGUAAUUUUUCUUGCACAGAAAAUCUCAAAAAUUGUAUGUUUCUGACAUUUGACCAACUUCCUGUCAGGUUUGAGCUUUACUAUGCUUGACAGAGAGGAAAAAUAUAUAAGCGGCAUAUACAUUUAAAUUUGCUCUCUUCUUAUUUAAAACAUUGGAUAUUGUGUUAUAUUGAAUACGGUAGAGCUGAAACUGAAAAUAAUUCAAGAGAAGUGGUUUGACACAACAAUUAAAUUCUAGUGAGGAAAUAUCAAUCACAGUUCAUUACAUUUUUACAAAGUGAAUGUCUCAUCAUUUACUUGACAGUGAAUUUAGAGAAUAAAAAGCCAUCCAUGCCAUUAGUCAUUACAUCAAUCAUAGGUAAUAAUGGAAAUUGUACUACUACACCCUGAAGUUUGAAACAUUUAGCUAGAUGGGCCAGAUGCUUCAAUUCUGAAAACAAGGUGAAGUGCAGCAAGUCACAAAUGAAAAAGUAAUAAAGAAAUAAAGAAACUGAUUUAUAUUAAGAUAA